CUUGUCCACCGAGCGAGUGACAUGGAGGCAUUCGGGACCGGCACGGCGACAUCGCUGGACGCGUGGGCGAAGCGAAGGCCAGGCUCGGACCCCGGCUCCCCCCACGACGACAGGCUCGAUCGUCUCUCCGUCUUCAGAGGGACGGCGUCAGAGGCGAUGCAGUCGAGGCCGGAGAAAGAAGAUUCGCAGGAUUCGCUGCGGUCGAAAGACGAGAAGACGGGGGAUGAAAGUCGGUCAGAGAGUCGGUCAGCGGUUCGGUCGGCGGGUUGGUCCGAAAGUCGGUCUGCGAGUCGGUCCGAGAGCGUGUCGUCCGAUCCGUCGGUGUUAAAGAAGCCGGGUCGGGGGAGGCAAGAAGCGUGGGGGAAGGAGAGGUCGAACGAGAAUACCUGGGAGCGGAUGCUGAGGGGAGGAGAGUCCACGACGGUAGGGAGUUUCAAGGACUCUCAGGAACCGGAGAGAGAGGAGUCUGGGAGGAGCAGGGACGAGAGCGGGCACAAGGUCUGGAUGAGCAUGUCCCAGGAUCAGGAGGAGGCGAGAUUGGAGUUCAUCGACGUAGAGGACGAAGUGGAGGACGAGGAGGGUGAAACGAGGGAGGAGGUGAGGAGGUUCACGGGGUUCGAGUUCCCGGAAGGUGACCCGGUCACCCCGGAGGUGGCGGUGGGACUCAGGCUUCUCACUCUCGGGGAGCUCGGCAAGGUUUUCCCUCAGGAGUGGAUGCUCCAGGGGUUUUUCUUCUCCGACAACCCGUCCCUGCCCUUCGGUCUGGUUCAAUUCAAGGGCGGACCCUGCGGCGUGCUGGCAUCCGUCCAGGCCCACGUGAUCAAGCACCUCGAGACCCUCCCGAACGGCGUCUUCGCGUGCGACUCGAAGGACCGCGAGGCGGCGCUGGCCGCGGCGAUGACCGAGAUCCUCUGGCGGGCCGGACGCGGCCGCUCCGCCUCCUUCCCGGAAGGUGACCCGGUCACCCCGGAGGUGGCGGUGGGACUCAGGCUUCUCACACUCGGGGAGCUCGGCAAAGUUUUCCCUCAGGAGUGGAUGCUCCAGGGGUUUUUCUUCUCCGACAACCCGUCCCUGCCCUUCGGUCUGGUUCAAUUCAAGGGCGGACCCUGCGGCGUGCUGGCAUCCGUCCAGGCCCACGUGAUCAAGCACCUCGAGACCCUCCCGAACGGCGUCUUCGCGUGCGACUCGAAGGACCGCGAGGCGGCGCUGGCCGCGGCGAUGACCGAGAUCCUCUGGCGGGCCGGACGCGGCCGCUCCGCCUCCGUCGCCCUACCGUCGGGGAAGGUCCUCUUUCACGGCCUGGGGAAAUUCAAGCCGGACGGCAUCACGGAGAAACUCGUGGAGAAGCGGUUCCACCACUCCGACGAGAUGGAGAAAUACCUGAGGAAACACCGGAACGCCUUCAUGAAUCGCGGCGGAUGCAUCGCCUUUCUCUAUUCCGCGAUCCUCUCCAGAGGGAUCCAGAGGCGAGUUUUGGGUGACGACGCGAUCCGAGACGACAUGGACGACCCCAAGUCGACCUUGAUCGGCGUGCACGGCUACUGCACGCAGGAGAUGGUGAACCUGUUCCUCACGGGGAAGGCGUCUUCGAACGUCUUCGACGGGAACCUGGAGCUGGGAGACAAGCCGGGCGAGAAGACCCUGCUCAAGGGAAUAUCGAAGAGGGCUCAGAUCGGGUUCCUGUCUCUCUUCGAGCACUACAACUGCUGUAAAGUCGGCGAAAGUCUGAAGAAUCCCAUUUUGCCCAUCUGGGUGAUCUGCUCCGAGAGCCACUUCUCCGUCCUCUUCAGCCUUUCGGCCCGCUUUCAAGACACGACCAGCUUCGACCUCUUCUACUACGACGGCCUGGCGUGUCAGGACGCCCCGAUACGGCUCACGAUCGGCAAAUCCUCUGGGAGAUCCGGGAUCCACGGUUCAGAACAUCAAGGACAUCCACCUCGUCCCGCCCUUGGAACUCGUGAUUCGCACCAAGUGGGUUCUCGCUUCGAUCGAUUGGAACGGGACAGAACGGAUCUUGUGACGAACACCUCCCCCCAGAAUCGGCCCGACCGUCCAGAAUUGCCUUCUCCUCUGAAUGUGAUACGAGACCGAGUAUUGCACAGGUUCAAUGUUGAUGAAGCCUGGUCUGGGGAGUCAAGAAUCAUUGGGGAAGGAGAAGCCGUACGAGAAUUCCUAGGAACGGAUGCGGAGGGGAGGAGAGUCCACGACGGAGGGAGUUUCAAGGACUCGCAGCAUCCGGAGAGAGAGGAGUCUGGGAGGAGCAGGGACGAGAGCGGGCACAAGGUCUGGAUGAGCAUGUCCCAGGAUCAGGAGGAGGCGAGAUUGGAGUUCAUCGACGUAGAGGACGAGGUGGAGGACGAGGAGGGAGGUGAGGAGGUUCUCGGGGUUCGAGUUCCCGGAAGGGCGGACCGUGCGGCGUUUCCCGCACCGGUCCAGGCCCACGUGAUCAAGUACUUUGAGACCCUCCCGAACGGCGUCUUUGCGCUAUCGAGGAAGGUCCUCUUUCACGGCCUGAAGAAAUUCACGCCGGAUGGGGUCACGGAGAAUCUCGUGGAGAAGCGGUUCCUCCACUCCGACGAGAUUGAGAAAUACCUGAGGAAACACCGGAAUGUCUUCAUGAAUCGCGGCGCGUCGAACGAGAAUUCCUGGGAACAGAUGCUGAUGGGACGAGAGUCUACGUCGGUGGAGAGUUUAAAGGACUCUCCGGAUCCGGAGAGAGGAGUCUGGGAGGAGCACGGACGAGAGCGGGCACAAGGUCUGGAUGAGCAUGUCCCAGGAUCAGGAGGAGGCGAGAUUCGAGUUCAUCGUCGUGGAGGACGGAGAUGGAGUUCGCGGGGUUCGAGUUCCCGGAGGGGUUCCACACCGUGGAACUCGUGA